AAAGCCUUCACAAUGUCCUCAAAGUCGCUCUACGUUCUCGAGACCAAAGCCGUGUUUCCAAGAUACAAGCUGCCCGAGGUGAUGAAAAUCGUCUUCGAAAAGUACGACCACUACAAAUUGGGCUGCGUGGAUGGCGUUGAAUUGGGCAGGCUUAUACGGUUCAGCAUUAAUUUUCGGGCAGCUGUGGCAACCACCAUCAAUCUGUGUGCGGCGAUAUUAAAAGAGGACUCGCAAGAGCUGACGACGUGCAUUGAUAUUAUCGAGAUGUGCACCGAGGUCCUCCAAGUAACAGACAGGAAUCCGCCACGCGCGGGAUUUGCCCUCAUGAAGCUACCGUGCGAGAUUCGAUUGCGAAUCUUUAGAUACAUGAUUGACUCAAACUUUGAGACUAACGCAGUCACUCCGGCCAAGAAGCGAACUAGUUGUCGAUGCCCGCGGCCAACCACGAUACAGCCCUUCCACAACCACAAGACUAGGCCGCUCUCAGCGCUUCUCGUUUCUCCUGUGGGAAAUGAAUUCGCUCAGGAGUUAUUCCGGAGCAAGUCGUUUCACUUCAAAUGUAACUGCGACCUCCAUUUCCACUUGUCGAGACAGCCACUUUUCAUGCAGAAUGUGAAACACAUCAAAGUGCACUGGUGUGGUCCGCAAUCUGACCAGGCCUUUCGCUUACUCAACAACUGCCGUCGGCUUGAAAUUCUAAACUUGAAAAUAUCGGCCUCAUCGGUAGAAUAUCUCAAUAUGCGCUCCAGCGUAAUGCAGCCAUACUUUCCUCACAUCUUCCUGCGGCCGCGCAUUGUAGAUGCCCUUGGCAUGGACGAGCUGCUUCAGAUACGCGGUCUGCAGCAUGUCGACGUCAUGGCAAUCAAAUCACGUACAAGCAAUAGAAAUUUUGAAAGCGACGUUCUCAGCCUUAGCAUGAUUCUUGAGGACUACUUGCACGGGAACAACUUUGUUAUCGAGGGCGACGACUAAGACGUGUGGGUGGUUGGUGAUGAUGGGAGACAUCUCAAUGCAAGAACGGUCCGGCUACAAGUAGAACUCGGC